AUGAAGUUCGCUCUGUUUUUAAUAUUUUUCGCUGCAGUUUUCGCUCUACCGUCUGUUUUUCUCUGGAAGUAUGAUGGUCCUCCUUUUUUCCUCCUAGCCGGCGACAGUACUACCGCUACCCAGUCGAGCAGCGGAGGCGGCUGGGGUGACGGUUUUAUCAGCACGACCCUCCACAACGGAGCAAAAGGUCUAAAUUACGGCCAUGAAGGAGCUACAACUGCCAGCUUCCGCGCCGGAGGCGACUGGGCCACUGUUCUAUCCAAGGUUCAAGAAUAUAAAGCUGAUUACCGGGUCUUUGUAACUAUCCAGUUCGGACACAAUGACCAAAAUCCUGCAAACGGUGUCUCCUUGGCUGAAUAUACAAGUAAUUUAGAGCAAUUUGCAAGGGAUGUCAAGAGCGCAGGAGGUAUACCUAUCCUUAUCACGCCUCUUUCUCGUCGCAACUAUGAUACUUCUACUGGGACGCCACUUGUGAUUCAAGAUCUAGCGGAUCAGCGGGCGGCGACUAUUGUUGCUGCAAAGAAUACAGAAACAUCUUAUGCUGAUUUAAAUAAGGCGAGUACGGAUUAUUUAGACAGCAUUGGGCCUGCCGACGCGUAUACAUUUAAUCUGAAACCGAAUGAUUAUACCCAUCUUAACGUACAGGGAAGUCAGGUCUUCGGGGGGAUGGUUGCGUUGUUGGUUGAUCAGGCUUUUGCAGAAUUAAAAGAUCAUGGGUACGUUGAGGUGAAUUUGAAUUUAUUGACAGCACUGGAGAGGGGAGAAUACUAUUGGCCUUGACCAUACUAAUCUGGAGUUAUUGCACUGAUCAUCUCUCUGGAAUACGUGUGUGUAUGCCUCGUUCGUUUACAGUAGGCCAACGAGUCGGCUUCUGUUAGGCUGAGAAUGUGAGUUGUAACAAAGGUCAUAAUCUGAUCAGUGCAGAGCUUGACCUGGUCAGCUUUCAAUAUCCUUUCAUUUUGGUGGAUUGAAAAUGAUCACUCCGUCCCAUGACUGGUUUGCCGUUUAUGCCGUUCAUGAAAGUGACUGUUGUUAUUAACUACGUCUGUUGUUGAGAUUCUGGCCUUCACCUAAGCCAUCAUAUAGCUUCAAUGCAGCGCUCUCUUUAUCCUGAUGAUAGGACCAUGAUCAAGAGAUUCCUGGCUAUAUUGGGUGAUGAGCUUCAGAUGAGAGUACUGACAAGGAACAUGAUAAAGUGUUCGUAAGAGAUGGCGAGCCUUUCAGCAAGUUCUUCUCUCAGCGGGCUUUCGGUUAUGUGUUCAACGCAGCCCUUUGAUUUUGAAGAUAUUUGGCACAUCAUAGUCAAAUAUCUUUACCUCCUAUAUACAUAUCAAUUUACCAUGUGCAGCAAGUCAGAUAUUUGCCAGUGGGGCGAGCAAAAUUGAAAGCCA